AUGGAUGUCAAUGUACAAGAACGUGCAUUAAUGAUAUUUUUAAGUUAUGAAAAACUUCGAAGACCGUCUGUGAGUGUUCGACAACGACGAACAGAAAAUCCUUUACGAGAACGAUUGUUAGUACGAAAAUUUAUCACUCAACUUGAACAAUAUUACUAUUACCAACAGCAACAACAAUACUAUAACAAUAAUAUUAUUGAUAGUCAGAAUAACACCAGCAAUUCAUCACAAUUUUUACCAUUAUAUAAUAUCACAUACCACACAAUAUCAGAUAAUAAUGGUACAGAUAAAGUAGCAUUAGAAAGUGAAAAAAUGGAUGUAGAUGCAAGCGAAAAUGGAGACGAAGAUGAGAACGAAGAACAAGAAAAUUGUUCAAUAACAAUGUCAGAUGUUGUAGAUGCAAAUAAUAAUACAAUAAUUGGUAGUAAUAGCGUAGCAGAUGUCAAACAUUAUUCGUAUAUUCAAUUAGUUAAACAUAGCGAACAAAAUCAGUUUUAUCAUGAUCAAACGCCUCUGUCAAUUCAAAUGCCAAUAAUUAAUCAGUCAAGCGAAGUAUAA